AGACCUCAGACAGUUAGAAGAAGCUCAACGUCUCGAGACGGACACCUUGUCUCCACGAGAGUUAAAACCCGGAGUGAUUUUGUUUAUAUUAUUCAUUUGUUGUUGUCGAAGUAGCGAGCAAUGUGGCCCGCGUGUGUGAGAUAGAUUAAAGACUCGAUCGCAAGACUAAGCGCUUACACUUUUGGUUACAAGGAUAUAUCGGCCGCGGGUGUCAUGUCAUCCAGUCCUGAUCUGCAGACGCCUCCAGGUGUCGUAGAACUUCGUGAGGACGUCCCGCUGAAAGCGGGUAGCAGCUCUACCAGCACCCGGCUAUGCGCUGGCGGGCCGCGGCUCAUUCUCGCAGCGUUCGCGACGCUCACCGCCGCCAUCACACUAGCCCUGCUCACGCAGAUCUACUAUGGAGACUACGAGGUGGUGCCGCACGGCUCAGUGUCAUCGUCUGCGGCGUCGUGCUCGCGGGCGGGCACGGCAGCGCUGCAGGCGGGCGGCCGCGCGCUGGACGCCGCAGCAGCCGCCGUCUUGUGCCUCGCCGUGCUUGCGCCGCAUCGCACGUCGCUAGACGCGAGCGGUUCUUUGGUAUACUGGGAGUACAGAUCGUCACGAACGCAGCUGCCUAUAGUGGUGGAGUGGGGCGGCGGAGAGGAUGCAUCAGGGAAGCAAAUAACGCUUAGACCUCCGCGCCUGUUGGUCGCACUGGCUGCUCUGCACGCGAAGCUCGGCGUGCUGCCCUGGGCACAAGCUUUACAACCGGCUGUUGAUCUUGCGAAGGAAGGUUUCCCAGUGUCAGAGAGUCUUGCUUUGGAAGCAGAAUCUCGGGGUAUCACCGGGUACACGCCCACCGCACUUCGCACCGAACCUGCUCUAGCUGAGUAUUUGGAAUCUCUGCAAACGAAUACCACAGCAGAGCUGUGCGUGGCGUGGUCCUGUGACAGCGUGGUCCGCUGGCGCGACGACGCGGCCGCCGUGUCGGUGGGCCCGUGGCGCGCGUGGACGGCGGGGGUGGGGGGUGCCUUCGCCGCCGAUGCGCUACAUAUUGCCUUCAGUAUCGAUUCUUUACAGAUCACUCCAAGCAAUGUUCUAAAAGGGGUGGUGGAAAGCCUGAAGACACAAUGGCAGACGGCGGGCAUGCAAGCGCCGAGCGGCGUCGCUUCUGGCUUGGCCGUUGUCGACGCAAGCGAUACAUACGCCGCGCUUGUCACAGGUCUAUCAAUGCCUUUCGGCUCGGAAGCUGGUGCGGCCGGAAGUGAAAGCUCACCUUGGUCGCGAGAUGAGCCGAAUGCUCCUCUCGACCUGGCGCCAGCUAUUAUCGUCGACCAACAUGUGUGCGGAACUCGGUACGUGAUGGGUGCGGAGUCCGGGGCUGCGCUAGCAGAGGGCGCGGCGAGCGCGCUGAGCGGCGGCGGCGGCGCGAGCGCGACGGGCGCGGUGGACGCGGUGGAGGGUGCACGAGUAGUGGUGCUGCCCGGAGGGGCUCUGGCUCUGGAACGUGGACACGCUCCCCCCGACCUGCCUGACCUGGCGACGCUCCCGACGCUCAAUGCCUCCAUACCUCUUCCUGCCUUGAACUUUGUACAGCAGCGCGGGGACGCUCUCCUCUCGCACGCGGACAGCCGCGGCGGCGGAGUGGCAUCGCGCUUCUAAUGAUCUUAUUUAUUGUUAAAAUUAUUGUUAAUAAAUUAUUGCACUUAUUACUGUUA